AUGUCAAUGACGUCGACUUACGUGGUCGGGGCCGCCCUGUCCUGCGUAUUCGGGUGGGCGGUGGUCAAGCAAACCAGGCGGUCAGUGCGCCAGGCCAACAAAGUCGGCGAAAAGGUUGUCAUUUUUGGAGCGUCUACAGGAAUCGGGAAGGAGCUUGCAUUGCAAUACGCGGAACGGGGAGCCCGCCUUCUUCUGGUAGCUCGUCGCGAGCCCCUUCUACAGAAGCUAACGUUGGACUGCCUGGGCUCACCCUCUGGUCUUUGCGAGCAUGCCCGGUUUGUUACCGCCGACAUCACCAUCGAAGACGACCUACGUCGCGUCGCCGUGGCCGCGGCCGAGGACUUGGGCGGUUGCGAUACGGUGAUCAUCAAUGCAGGUGUGAUCUCGGUCCUUGCAUUCGAAGACCUCUGCAAGGACAACGAGGAAGGCAUCCAAGGAACGGGCAAAUCGAGCCACGCGGCGGACGUCGUGGAGAAAGUUUUCAACACCAAUGUGUACGCACCGAUUAUGAUCGCCAAGCACUUUCAGAACUUCUUGAUCGCCUCGAAAGGGAAGUUCGUAGUUGUUUCGUCCGUUGCGGGGACGUUUGCCGCACCAACGCGUUCCAUCUACGCCGCCAGCAAACACGCACUGAACGGGUUCUUCAACUCCCUACGCAUCGAGCUCGCCCCCAAGAAUGUGGCAAUAUGCAUCUGCCUUCCCGGAUCGGUCGCAACAGACCUUCGAUGCAGCGCCGUGGAUGCCAAACACCACGCAUCUCAUCACAGCACAUCAGCAAAAGUCGAGGAAGGAUCAAAGUUGACACCACAGGAAUGCGCUCGUGGCAUUAUCAAAGCGGCGGAUAGCCGGGCUAGGGAGACUUAUCUGCCGUAUAAGUAUAAGAUUGCGGGCUUGUUGCAGUAUUUCUUCCCUGAAUGGGUUGACCAGCAGGCUGCCAAGAAAUAUGGCUUCUGAAGUGUCGCGAGCACUAGGCGUAGCAUGUUGCAGAUUCCGUAGAUAUUGUCCGGCUUUACAUAAGGCAGUAGCACUCUGAUACCCUCACUAAUCAGAUGACAGUGCAUUUAGCAGAGCACCUGAGAGCAUAUGCCGAAGUUCUGGAAUACCUUCUCCUUAUUUUCUGACCAUUGUAAACAUAUUCUACUCUAGCAAGCUACAGACGGCAUCCAUUCUAUUCCUCCGCCACAAUCCCAGGUCUCCGCUCACCGACAGUCCCCACCACAUCAGC